UUUUUCAGACAAAUCCGUCAAAUCAUGGCACUCAGUAUAACCCUUUCGACGGUAAAAUUCUGUCUCCUGGUGUUCAACCUGUUUUGCUUCAUUUUCGGACUCGCGUUGGCCGUUGUUGGCGGAGUGUGGCGCUACAAGAUCGACUCCGUGAACAACCUCGCCGAACGGGAUACCCUCCUGACCAGCGAAUCACUGCUGGCACUCACCGUGGGAUGUAUCAUCUUCACCGUGGCCUUUUUCGGAUUCUGUGGAGUGAUCAAACAAUCCUCCGACAUGUUGACUCUGUACGGUGCACUGCUGAUAGUGCUGAUCGUGCUGCAGGUCGUCAUGGUGGUAAUGCUGUUCGUUAGCGUGGAUAGUGCAGAGGUUUAUCUGCUGCGUUGGUUUAAAGACUAUUACGAUGCGCAUCUGCAGCUGGCGACGAGAGGCGACUUUGUGGAUCCAAGGCUCGACCGCUUGCAGACGGCUUACGAAUGCUGCGGAAAACACUCGUUCGUGGAGUGGGGAAAUAGGCUGCCACAGUCCUGCUGCAAGGAGGGCCUAAUCCCGGACUGUAAACCAUACGAGAGAGGUUGCCGGGACGCGUUAGAGGAGUACGUGAGACAUACCGGGACAACCGUUGCGUGGGCCUUGGUGUGCUUGAUCGGAAUGGAAUUCGUCGCACUAGUGUUAGCCUGCUGCUUGGCCAGCGGAAUUAAACAUGAAUUUAGCAGAGUAAAUUUGGGUUAGUGUAACAAAAAAUCCGAUAAA